AUGAAUGAAUCCGCACGCGGCACCGAGAGGGGGCGUCUGCCGCCGUUUCAGCAGUUAGCGUGUGGGUAUACCGACCGGUGUGCGCGGGCGGUUCGGCCGCGGGUGGCGGCGGCUCGGUGGCGUUGGAUGGUGGAGGCGCGCUCGCGCAGGCGGCCGCCGCGGGCGCCUCGGGCGCAUCUUCCGCGGCGCGCGCGGGGGGCGGCGGCUCGCCGGGGGGAGGCGCGCAGAGCACGACCAGCCGCAGCAGCGCCACGCACCACCAGAGCACGGCGGCCAGCGCGCGGGCAGCGCGCCCGACGCGGCCCGGGGCCUCCUCGCGACCGAAAUACGCGCACCGUGGAGCUGCGCACCGGCGAGCGAGCUCCUCACUCGGUUAUUCGUGCGGCGUCGAGGCGGCUGGCGGGACGACGCGGGUGCGCGCGCGCGGCCACACGGCGACUGGGGCGCCGCACCCGACGGCACACGACCGCGCCCGAACACUAUUUCGGGAGCGACGCACCGCGCCGCCGCCGCCGCCCGCCCGCCGCAUGCUGCCAAUUUUACGCGAAAUUGCGGGCGGGCGGUGAUGCGAUAUGUGCCGUGGGUCGCCCCGGCGUCGCCGACGGUGCCGACGUGGUCCCCAAUGGGGGCAGGCUCCUCAUUGAGUGGGCCCAGGGCGAGCGGACCCGCGUCACCACGUGUGCCGCUCCCCACUCAAAA